GUGCGAUAAUCUCCAACCGUGUCACCACCUAAAUUCUUAAUAAUAUUUCAAUAAUUUUUAUAUUAAUGCCUUAACAACUCACAUCCAUCCCCCUCCAAAGAAUCCGUCGAUUAAUGUUGUCUAAAGUCAGACUCAGCUCGCGGGUGGCUUUGUACAAACACACCUUCCGACGCUCCGGAAAUCCAUCUCAGGUUCUGCCCGCGUCUUCGACCAACCGAAGUUAUGGUCAACUCUUGAAUAAUCCCAACUCGGCCCCUGCCAAACAGACUGAACAGCACACUUCCCGUGUUGAGUCGGUUACAGGCGAUAUCGACUUAGAUUUGUUUCGUAGAAUCGCAUGGGCUCCUGAAACUCCGUUGCUUCUUCGAAGCUUCCAUAAUUUGCCUGCCAUACAAAAAUGGUUUCAGCACGGCACUGGAGCUUCUCAUGCCAGCUUCGCACAGUACAUGCGGCUCUAUGAAGACCUUAUCCUGCCAUAUGAGUUCACCAUCCCCCAUCCUUCGGGGGGAGAGGGCUCGGGGGGCAAUGCCUUGGCACGUUUUCAAGCAUGGCUUCUUGAGUCCAACGAGUAUAAGAAGUCGCAUUUACCAGUGAUCCUUGAGGCUAUCGUUAAAUCGUCAAGUGAUGAAAGCCCUUUUGGAAUCGUCUCAAAUUUCCAGCAAUUCAGUGCACCCUUAAGUUUAAUUAUGAGCGCAUCUCAAUUCAAUGAGACUCAAAGUGAACCCUCCAAGCGCAUCGCAAAUCUCUAUGUUGCUCAAUCUAAUCUGAACGACCUACCCAAACCCCUUUUUCAGGACUUGCCUGUGCCUGAUAUGGUCAAAUACGCCGGCAAGGGAGAUAUAUAUAGUUCGAGCAUCUGGCUUGGAUUACAGCCCACAUAUACCCCUUUACAUCGAGACCCAAACCCGAACUUGUUCUGCCAGCUAGUGAGCUCAAAAAGAAUACGUCUUGUGGCACCAGAACAAGGCGAUGACAUAUAUGCUCGUGUCCGCAGAGUGCUUGGCUUAUCGGGUAGCUCGCGAUUCAGGGGUGCCGAAAUGAUGGAGGGCCGCGAACGCGAAUUACUUCACCGUAUUGUCUGGGACGAAGAAACUAUAGAUGAGGUAUCUUUAAACCCUGGCGAUGGCCUAUUCAUCCCCAAGGGAUGGUGGCAUAGCGUUGCCAGUAGUGGCAAGGAGGGUGAGUUGAAUGCUUCAGUCAAUUGGUGGUACAGAUAGCAACUACAUUUUCUACACUCUAAAGCUGAAUAAGAGAAAAACAUAAUAAGUAUUACUUAGUUCCUAUGUACAUCAUGCUUUACGAUAUAACUUUCGCUAAAGUGAAAUCUACCUAACCUAUACAGUCUCUAUUUACAA